AUAUUUAUCCAAUCGUUAAACAACAAGUUGACAUGCGUGGCUCAUUGACAAUCAUUCAGUCAAAAAUGAAAAUGGCUGCAGAGGUGAGGUGGCUAACAUUAUUAAUUGUAUUUACAAUAAUUAAUUGUUUAAAUGCUGGUGAACCACAUAUUAAAUUUGAAUAUAAAUAUUCAUUUAAACCACCAUAUCUUGCACAAAAAGAUGGAAGUGUACCAUUCUGGGAAUAUGGAGGAAAUGCUAUUGCAAGUUCUGAUAGUGUCAGAGUAGCACCAUCACUUAGAAGUCAAAAAGGUGCAAUAUGGACAAAAGAACCAGUUAAUUUUGAAUGGUGGAAUGUUGAUAUGGUAUUUAGAGUAUCUGGAAGAGGAAGAAUUGGUGCUGAUGGUCUUGCAUUUUGGUAUACAACAGCAAAAGGUGCUUAUGAUGGUACUGUUUUUGGAAGUUCUGAUCAAUGGAAUGGUCUAGGUUUAUUUUUUGAUUCAUUUGAUAAUGAUAAUAAACAUAAUAAUCCAUAUAUUUAUCCAAUUGUUAAUGAUGGUACACAAAUGUUUGAUCAUUCCAAUGAUGGUGCAACUCAGUUACUUCAAGGUUGUCUUCGUGAUUUUCGUAAUAAACCAUUUCCAACAAGAGCAAGAAUUGAAUAUUAUCAAAAUACUCUCACAGUAUUGAUAAAUCCAGGAUUAACAAACAAUGAAAAAGAUUUAGAAAUGUGUUUCCGUGCUGAAAAUAUAUAUUUACCAAAAGGUGGUUAUUUUGGUGUAUCAGCAGCAACUGGUGGUCUUGCUGAUGAUCAUGAUGUAUUUCAUUUUUUAACAAGUUCAAUACAUAUACCUGGACAAAUUUCAACAGAUGGACCAAAGGUAUCAGUUGCUGAAGAAGCUAAAUUACAAAAAGAAUAUGAAGAUUAUGAAAAGAAAUUGGAGCAACAAAAAGAGGAUUAUAGAAAGAGUCAUCCUGAUGAAGCAGGUCAAGACAAAGAAGAUUUAGAAUGGUUUGAAAGUGCAAAUCAACGUGAAUUAAAUCAAAUAUUUGAAGGACAAAGUCAAAUAUUUGAUCAAGUACGUUUAUUAAGUAAUAAAUUGGAUGAAAUUGUUGGUAGACAAGAACGUACACUCAGUAUGUUAUCACAAGUACAAGUUGGUGGUGGUGGUGGUGUUAAUGUACAAGGUGGUGGACAACCAAUACAAAUGAUUGAUACAAUAAGAAGACAAGAAGUUGAUGCUGUACUUGCAAAUCAAAAUGUUAUAUUAAAUACAGCACGUGAAUUAAAGUCAUUUAUUGGUGAUGUUAAUUCAAAAACAGAAACAAUAUUAAAUAAUCAAGCAAGACAACCAACAGCUCAAGUACAACCAAUGGGUUAUGAUUAUCAAUCACUUAUAUCUGAAAUGCGUGAUGGUCUUAAUCAAAUAAAACGUGAUGUAUCACAUAAUAAUAAAGCUGGUGGUAAUGUUGCUGAUUGUCCAACUGGUAAUUGUUUAACAACAACAAUGUUCCUCAUCUUUCUUGCUAUGCAAAUGGUUAUACUACUUGGUUAUAAUAUUUACAAGGACAACAAGGAAGCACAAGCUAAGAAAUUCUAUUAAUUACAAGUGACAAGUUAAUCAUUUAAAAAAAAAAAAAGAAUUUAUUUUAAAUUUAUAAUACACUUUUUGUGUCCAGAGACUUAUACGAACAAUCGAUUUAUUAUAUAUCGUACGUUCAUUUUCCAGAAUGGCCGAGUAAUUAUCUAAUUUUUUUUUUUUUUUAAUUUUUUUCUCCAUUCAUUCCUGCAACUAUUAAGAUACACAUUUUUCUAAGUAAUUUUUUUUUUUUUUUCUUUUUUUGCUAAUUUUUUUAGAGCAAUGAUCAAGCAAUCAUUUUAUCAUCAGUGAGAUUCAUAUAUUAAACG